CCCUCAAGCUGGCCGCCCGCUACAUAGACUUCUUGUACCAGGUCCUGCAGAGCGAUGAGCUGGACCACAAGAUCACCAGCUGCAACUACCUGGCCCACGAGAGGCUCAGCUACGCCUUCUCCGUCUGGAGGAUGGAAGGGGCUUGGUCCAUGUCCGCAUCCCACUGA